ACAUUAGGGGCGUGCCCCGCGGCGGCUCCUUGCCUGGCACUCGGCUUCGCCCCUCCAGCGCGCCGGACAGCUCAGCCCGAGCAUGGAGACAGGCCCCCUCCUCGCCCUGCCGCACGACAAAGCAGAGCUCCUGCCUGAGCUGCAGAGAGGGGCCCUCCAGCUGGAUUUCUGCCUAGAGCAGGGCCCCGGGCUGGCCAGACCCCAAGACGCUCUGGCUCUCAACAGGGAGGGCGACCUGCGAGUGCUCAGCGAGCCUGUCAUCUCCAACCAGCACGACUCGGAGGAGAUUAUCACCUACAUCUCAGAGAGCAUGACGGUGACCUCGGCUGAUGAGGAGAAGCUGCUGCUGCUCAACAAGAACACGGAGCUGCGGCGCAUCAACAAGGAGCUCAUGAAGCUAAAUCAGGAGUGGGACCAAAUUUACCAUACCACUACCUUGGGGCUGCAGCAGAAGAUGGGGGCCCUGCAGCAGGAGGUGGAUAUCCUCAAGCAGCAGACGGAGAGGCUCUCCAUGAAGCUUGAGCACGAACAGAACAAGAGGGAGUACUACGAACAAACCCUCAUCCAGGAGCUCAAGAAGAACCAGCAUUUACAGGAGUACGUGAGGCAGCUAGAAGGCAGACAGCACCACGGCAGGGAGAAGAGGACCUCGGCUGGCUCUGAGGUAUUGGCAUCUGUGCCCUGGGAGGAAUUUGUAGAUGCCCAGUUCCCACUUCCCAGGAAGAGCUUGAAGGAGAAUUCACCCAAAAAGCAUGAAGAAGCCAGUCAGAAAGUGCAAGGGGGUGAGACCCACAAGCCCAGUAAGUGCAAACACUUGGCUCAGGUGAAUAAUAGCUCGGAUCCUGGGAAAGAGGUGACUGACCUGAAGGACCAGCUGGAGGCCUUGAAAUGCCAGACAAAAAUUUAUGAGGCGGAUUACAGGACAGAACAUAAGGACCGGGAGCGAAUCAAAGCAGAGAACGAGAAGCUACGGAAGAAGGAGGAGGAGAUGAGGCAGCAGAUGGCACUUCUGCAAGAGCAGCUUAAGAUCUUUGAGGAUGACUUCAGAAAGGAGCGGUCAGACAAGCAGCUGCUUCAGCGCCUCCUGAAGAGCAAGACUAGCCCCAAGGAGCCCAUCCUUGUUCAUCGCUGCAACAGCCAAGAGAGGCCAGUGGUACCCGCCUCACCUGCGCACUCCACUUCCUCCACAUCCAAACGAGGCAACUGCAGCAAGCACUGUGAGAAGCACAGCCACAAGCAGGGGGAGUGUGCCAAGCACCACUCGCGAGAUGCUGAGGUGCAGGCAUCCCCAUUCAGCAGAGACUACUAGGGAAGGAGAGACAUACAUCUUCUAGGCAGCACUUCUUAAGCUAACAUACAUGGUCUCUCCAGCAGCCAUCUGAUGCUGGAUGCAUGUCUCCAGCCACAGGAACCAGCACUGCUGUUCUGCAGAGGCCAUCAGGAGAUGCUUUCAACACCAUAGAUGCUUUCAGCAGCCACGCCUUCCAUUGGUUAUAGCUCAGACCAAUCAGGGCUUGAGGUUUCAGCAGCCCCGUAGAGCAGAAGCCUAAGUUAAUUUACUUGCUUCCUCCCUAUUUUUCUCCAAGCUACUGAAAUAAGAAUGGAAGGUUUGUACCUGGAUUGGAGCUCAUCUCUUAGAGCCAUCCAAGCAGCUUCAUCUUGCUUCCAGGCAUCACCUGCUUAAAUCCACCUUGCAAGUAAUUCUGGGGCAGGGAAAGCUUGAUAAAAAGCACGUAUUGCCCCCCACAUCAAGAAGAGUGUUGAGAACAAAAGGCCCUUGGACACUGUAGGGGUGAUGCUAGUGUCUGAAAAGGGCUAACCCGACCCCACCUUGAGUCCUUAGCUGUAAAUCAUCCUAUAUUCUAGCAGUGCCUCCCAGUGUAGCUGCUGCUCCAGCAAAGUGUUUCUCAGUACUUUAUUCAAAUUCUCACGGGAUUUCAGCAGCUCCCCACUGCAGCCUUAAACUCAGCCAGCAAGGACUGGGGACAACUGUUACCUUUAUUUAUUUUAACCAAAUCUCCUGGAUCCUAUAGAGUUGGUACUUUAUAUAAGUGAUUUAAAAUAAAUACAAAUGCUUUCAUUUCUUCUGCUUUCUAUGUGCUUGUAAGAUACAAGAGCAAAGACAUGUUCUUCCCUUCAUUAACAAACAGUUAUGGAUUUAGGAACCAGCUCCAUAGCACUGGAGAUAGAUGCUGUUUACCUGCAAUGGAAGCAUGGUCAGCAGCAGGGCAAACUUCCCCAAGCCUGCCCCGAACAGUCCCCUGCUAGGGGAGAAUUCUGGCUGCAAGGCCUCUCUCUGCCUCCUAAAGAAGUGAUCAGCAGGCAGCUAGUUGUGGCCACACUAGUCUGUUUGUGAGGUAGACUGCUGUCCAUUAGGAACUGGACUGAGGACAACUAGUUACAGACUCGGGUUGGCUAGAUCCAGACCACUGACCUAUGGCUAAAAGCCUCAAAUUCCAUUAAGGGAUUUAAAAUCCUGUUUAAGGCAGAUCAGGCUCUCAUGAUCCUAAGUACUGCUAACAGCUGAACCAGUUAACUUUGAGGGUACGUUGGUACAGUACGUCUUCACUACUGGUUGUAU